AACCUGUGCGCGUGUUGCUGUUUUUUUUUUUUAAAAAAACUCCUUCAACUCUCGCGCUAUUACUGGAAGGCUCCGCCGGCCCAUCAUCCUUUUCGCGGCGUGAAAAUUGGCGGGAAAGAAGGCAGAGCCAUGGCGGAAGACUCUCGCCUUGCGCAGUCGCCGUCGCCGCCGCUGCCUCCUGUGAAGGUCCUGGCCGCGCACCUGAAGCGGUGCCACCGGGUCCCUGGCGGCCCGUGGCUGCUGGACCGGGAGGAGUACCGGCGCCCCGCUCUCUCCGUGUCGCUGGUGUGGCUUCAGGGCACGGUGCUGGCCGUGGAGGAAGGUGGCUCGACAGUGCGGCUGCGGGACGACAGCGGCCCUUUCGUGGCUCAGGGCGUGGAGAAAAUCCCCAAGGGGCGGCCUUGCCUCAGCGCCGGGAAGUACGUGAUGGUGAUGGGCCUGGUGGUGUCUUGCAGCCCAGAGCCCACCAUCCGAGCUGUGAAAAUGACGGACCUUUCAGGCAACCCCCUGCACAGGGACAUGUGGCAGCUGGAAGUGGAGGAUUUGCAUAGGCACAUUUUGUGAUGGGAACAGUUUGUCAAAACAGCUUCUCAAAAAGAAGCCGGGAGGCUGAAGAAGCACCUUUGGAUUUUUAAAUUAUUUUUAUUUUGCCAAAUAAGGUUCCUCUUGAACUUCCUUUAGGAGAACUUGGAUUACCCAGCGGAAUUUGACCUUGGUUCAUUUGCUGCAGGUAUGACAGAGCAAUGGAGAUGGAAAUGCUUGAAACCCAACCCCCUUUUUGGAGGAGGGCUGUUGCUGAUUCCCAAUUAGUCAACUUGGGUCAAGUAACGUUACCGGGUAGCUUAUCCAGUGGAAAAUGCAGUUGUCACUGCUAGGAUAAAACAUCCGCAGUCAAGAAUCUGGUUGCAGAACUUUGGGCUCUUCUUUUGGCCUGCACUUUCUCUGUAUUACAAUGCAUCUAAUGUUGAGUUGCCGACUUCACUACCAGUUGCAGUCCAGACAUCUAACUUCAACUGUAACUCGCUUGAACUGCUACAUGAAGUCCAUGCUGCUUUAAAGUACUGUUUCCCCUGCUCCAGGACAUAUUUGGACUAAUAGAGUUUCUGGACACAUGUGGCUUCAGGGAGACACUUGCAAGAUGGACAAAAGUUACAAUAAAAGCCUGAGGCUAUUAUCGGCUUGAGCAUCUAUGCUGACCAUUUUCUCACAGGGUUCAGUGGGGUUCUUAAUGGCUCGUGUUUCAUGGAAUUCAACACAUCACAGCUUAUGCAUAAUUGAUGUGCCUAGUUUUGGAACUUGCCUUGUUUACUAAUGUGUGACUAUUGUGAGGUGUGGAGGUAGCUAUCAAAUAAUCCACAAUCUACUCCUGAUUUUGAGGUAGUACUUUUCCCAAAAAAGAAUGCAGGGUAGUUGCUGAUGCAUGCUGCUCUGGGGAUAUUGUGUUUCAGCAUAGAAGCACACAUUAAACACACACACACUAAACACAUAUAGUAUUUCUACAUUGUCCAAAUAUUAAAGAAUCAUCUCUUGUUAGCUACUGGAUUUAGUUAUGUAUAGUCCCUCUGGUUUGCUGCGACUCAACAGCAUAUCAUGGAAUUGAGUUUCCUUUCACUUCUGAUGCUCAAACAAAAAUGUUUAUAUUAACAGGUUUGGAAUUGCUGAGCAUUAUUAACAUACAAAGUGGUGUCAGAGGGUACUAACUCAAUUUUCUACAGACUCAAUUUCAAAGAAGAAUUCUGGAAUAACUCAGUCGCAGCAUGAGCACUGAAUAGUAUGGAACAGAAAUACAAGUUUUCCAAUAAAGAUACACUCAAAAUAGAGGACAGGAAAUCUAGUUGCAUAGUAUUCAAAAGCAUAAUCUCUAGGAGAUGCAGCCAUGCUGUAGUCCAAAGAGAUGUGUAUAGAUUAAACUUUUAGUCAAACCUUUAACUAACAGUUCACCAUGUGUUAUCACUAUUAUUCUGAGCAGACUGUCGAAAGAGAAGCAUGAAACCCUGGCCAAUGCAAUCAUACUGAAUGUAUUUAAGUUCAUGCAGUAGGUUUAUUUUUAUUUUAAAAUGCUCAACUGCUGUGUAAUUUAAGCUGGAACUUUAUAAUGUGUGUGUGUUUCUCGAAUAU